AUGGCUGUGGAGGACAACAGGCUGAAUCUGAUUCAAUCCCGGAUUAGAGAUUUUCCAGAUUUUCCUCAAAAAGGGAUAAUUUUCAGAGACAUCUGUCCCAUCCUGAAGGACCCUGCAGCAUUGUCAGCUGUGACCAGUCUGUUUGAAGAACAUGUGAGGGCUCAGUUUCAGCAGGUGGAUCUUGUUGUAGGUUUGGAUGCCCGGGGCUUCCUGUUUGGACCCCUCCUAGCCCAGAGACUUGGGGUUGGCUUCGUCCUGGUACGAAAGAAGGGUAAACUACCUGGAGCCACUGUCUCAGUUGCAUAUAACCUAGAGUAUGGCAAGGCGGAGGCAGAGAUUCAGGAGGAUGCUGUGGCUCCAGGGCAGAAGGUGAUCCUGAUUGAUGACCUCUUAGCUACUGGAGGGACAUUGUAUGCAGCAUGUUCCCUGAUGAACCAGCAGCGAGCAGAGGUGCUGGGAUGCCUGGUGGUCGUGGAACUGAAGGAGCUCAAUGGAGCAGAUAAAAUAAAACCACACCCAGUUUACUCACUGCUGAAAUACUGA